UUAAAUGUCACUUCCACUAAUAAACAGUCGCAAAAUCAUGAAUAUUGAUAAUGCAUUUGAUAUAAUUCGGUAAAAGGCGUAAAUUGCAUAAUGUGUUUAACGUUUAUACCUUUUUUUCAGUGUAUAUAAUCUUCUUAUUUUAUAACUCAUCCAAGAGUUGAGAUGUGUUGCAAUGCGAGCCGCCAAAACUGUUGCAUCGUUAUAGGAUUCCUGGCAAUUAUUGUAGGGUUCGCCGAUCUAGGAUACCGAACCCAUCUGAUAGUCACAUAUGGCUGGAAUCGUUGGCUAUUGGUGUCUGCGAUAGGCUGGAUAGUCAUUAUCUUGGCAGCAGUUUUACUGCUCGUAGGCGCAAUAAAGCAAAACCCCACUCUUCUGGUGAUUUGGAUAAUAGUCGUGCUGAUUUGCGGAGUUAUUCAGAUUCUUGUAAGAAUUGUAUUAUUCACGCCAGGCAAAAAAAUGUAUUCACAGGACGCGUACCAUAUUGUUGCUGGAGGCAUUAUAAUAAUUCUUAUACUAUUGGUAUUUUCUGCCGCUUACUAUCCUUAUGCAUACAAACGAGAACUUGAAGAAGAGGAAUACGAAUAA